AAACCGAUAAAAGGGACUAUCAUUGAACCGCCUGCUUUGAAGACACCCGACGAUUUAACCCAUAUGCCACCCUUACAAGCUUUACACAUUCUGCGACUCCAGCUAAAGAUGGGAUCAAUUCUCGGCAACCUAACUGCCUUGGCUCUCUGGCCCACUGCAUUGCAACGUCUUAUUCCACACGAUGUACGAAUUGACUAUAUUCCAAGCGCUUAUCUACGUGACCGCAUGAUUCUCUUUCAAGAAUUUUACGAUCUUGAUGACUGCUUCCAGUUGCUUACAACCGAGACCCUGUUCCUAGGAGGUGACAUUAGAGACAACCGAAAUUGGGUCAUGCCCAAGAGCUUCACAGACAAAUUCUGGUUCUUUUCGCACGAACUGGUCGAU